AUGAAUGUGCCGCAGGGGAUAAUCAUGGAUGUUGUGGUACUAAAGAUUGAAGAUCCAAGUUGCUUUUGGCUUGCUGUAGAAGAAUGUGUGCCAGGCCUAGUCUAUGAAGUGGCAUACAAAAACCUGAAUGCUAAAAUGAAUCAGUUCUAUGACAGACAUAGAGGUGUGAAGAACUUAAAACCAGAGGUGAUACAAGAAGGCCAGAUUUAUGUGGUUUUCAGUGAGGAGCUCAAGUGCUGGUGCAGGGCGGUGUUUCAGUCGGUGCAGUGCCAUGCUCUUCAUCACCCACUCAGAUGUUUCCUUGUGGAUUAUGCCAAAUACAGUUUGGUGGAAUCACACAACAUUCGAGUUCCAGUGGAACUAUUUACAAAGCUUCCAUACAGAGCAAAGAAGUGUAGCCUGUAUUGCACAAAGCCAGUGACGUUGCAUCUCGACUUCUGUGAAAACACUGCAAAAAUAGGACCAGCCAAAAGAUGGGAUACUGCUGCUAUCCAGCAUUUUCGAGACCUUCUCAAAGAGGCUACUGAGGUUAAAGCCAUGGUGCAGGCACUAGAAGAUAAUGUGUUUCAGGUGUUUCUUUUUGUGACUGUAAAAGAUGAAAAGAUAUGUGUUAAUGAUGAUCUGGUCACAAAGUACUUUGCUCGUUAUGAGGAACCUAAAGGGAAUGCAGAGGGUUCUGCAGAUGAUUCAGACACGGAAGCAUCACUAAAUGCUGAGUGUGUUCCAGUGGAGUUUGUGGGUCCUACGUUUGUCCCCAGGCCAAAACUGCCGUUUGGGGGGAAGGUGUCACCACAUCCUGAAACAGGUCUUCCUGGGUUUAGUUCUGUUCUUGAAGAGACAUCCCAAAGGCCAAGCCAAGUUGUAAAUGAAAAUACUGUGCCUAUGGUCAACGCAACUCCAGGUUUGCUUUUGAAGGAAAAUAAAGCAGUUCAAACAGAGAGGCUUCCGCAGUUCUUAAAUUCCGAUUCCCUUCAGACCCACACGGGUGAAAAUGACCAGCAGUUUCAGGAUUUUCAAAAUCUUGGGGAAGGAUUCGUGUUCCUUAGCAAGAAAAUUGAGCCAUCACCAGUUUUGAAAACAGCACCACUUUCUGAUGGUCUGAAAAAGGAACUUGCUCAGAACAAGUUUUCAGGCCCUAACUUCACAGAGUCUUACUGUUGGCCGCCAGUAGCUUCAGGAUAUGAUGUUGUUGCCGUCUCCCAGCAGGGAAAUGAUCCUCUGUUAUAUAUUCCACCAGUUCUUACAUUUUUGCAGCUGAAAAGUGCCUCCCAAGCCUUGCCACACACGAGUGGACCACUAGCACUUAUUGUAUGUCCUGGAUGGAAGAAGGCACAACUUGUUUUUGACCUACUGAAAACGUACAAGAAAGGCUGCAGAGACCUUCAUCCAGUGUUGAUAACCCUUGAGCAGAACAAGGAAGCAGCCAACCAUGUGGAAACCCGAGGCUGUGAAGUGUUAGUGACUACACCACACAGCCUUCUGAGACUGCUGGAACGUAAGAGCUGGUUAUUGUGUAGACUUUGCCAUCUUGUUCUUGAUGAGAUUGAGGUGCUGUUGUCUGACACCUCUGAACAGGUGUUCACUAUAUUAGAUUGUUACAAGAAGGCCACUGCUCGAGCGUGGGGGAAUCCACCACAUCAGAUCAUUGCUGUGGGAACUCAGUGGAACAAACACAUCCCACCCUUGAUGGAGGAGUUCAUGAACAAUCCUUACAUUGUGAUAACAGUUGUCGAAGAAGCUGCCAUCUGUGGGAAUGUGCAACAGGUCGUGCAGCCUUGCAUGAACAGCAGCAAAAUUGCUGAAUUACUCAAAAUACUGGAUUUUACCCACACGAAUCUUCAGAAGGUGCUGGUAUUCACUGACUCAGAAAAUGAAGUAGAGAUGAUUCAUAAGGCACUAAAGAGCAACUCAAUAGUUACCUUGAAGAAACAUAAAGAGAGCAAGUGUAAUGCCAGUUGUGUCUCAGAGAAGUGGAGAAAAAUGCACAGUUCUGGCUCUCCUGUUGUGUUGGUUUUAACAGAUGACUGCCUGGAGCCCUUGGGAAUUACAGAUGCAAGUUGUGUGAUCCAUUUCAGUUUUCCUUCUCUAAGGAUCUUGGGCCAACGCCUACAGAGCAUGACUGACAACUUCUGCACCCUGAGAAAGGAUUCUUCUGUAGGUCAGGAACGUACAAAUGCCAGAUCAGUCAUUCUGCUGACAGAGAACAGUCCGCGUCAUGCACCUGAGAUUUUGGGCUAUCUGAAGCAUGCAGGGGCUGAAAUUCCACAACAGCUGCAUGAUUUGGCUGCCAGGGUGCUGGAAUCUGAAGAAGGUGAAAAAUUGUCACGGCCCCUGUGUGCCUCUCUUAAAACAUUUGGCAUUUGCAGGAAUAGAACAGCGUGUCCAGAUCGGCACCAAAUUAAUGUAUCAAUAGACAUGGCCCAGAAUAUCCCAGAUGAAAUGAUAAAAACACCUGAACGUGUGAUGAUUCUACCUCUCCACAUUGUACAUGCAACAAACUACUUUGGCCGAAUAGUGGAUAAAGAAAAUGACCAAUAUGCAAUUCUUGCUGAAGAAAUGCAGAAUUAUUUUAAGGUACCAGGACACAGGAUUUUUGUAGACCCCGUGGAGAAGUCAGCGUUUUAUGGGUUAUGUGAGGGAGCCCUUUACCACAGGGUUCAGGUGGUAGACAUUCCAGCAAAAGAGGAAGAAAAUUUUAACUGUAAGGUCACAAUUAAAUAUAUAGAUGAAGGCAGAACAAGUCAAGUCAGUAGUGAUCAGCUGCUUCACUUACCUGCAAAGUUUCAGAGUCUGCCACCUCAGGCUGUGGAAUUUGUAGUUUGUAGAGUGAAACCCAUUGAUAAUGAAAUUGAAUGGAACCCAAAGGUGACUGAUCACAUUCGUCACAAAAUUAAAGGAAGACUACAUCAUGCAAAAAUAGUCCAUACCUUGGGAAAGACAGCUUGGGUUGACCCAGUGAUCAGGGUUUCCAGCCUUUCCAGUGUCAAGGUGUGGAUCAAUGAAUACAACAUUCGAUCUGAGAUUCUGUCCACCGGUCUGGGAACUGACAAUCCAGAACAUCUAGAAGAAAUUCAGAAGCUGUGCAGACAUGUGCGAGUGUCAGAUUAUGCAGAGAACUUGGAGCACUUAAGCAUAAAGGAGGGCACAGCUGAUCUUGAGAAGGUGUCCAGUCCACAGGAUAUGUCAACAGAAGAAGAUUUUCCUGAAAGCUGUAAUACUUCUGGGAGUUAUCCAUGUGAUGAUGUAGCUCCAGCAGAGGAAGCAGAAGACUCUGUUCUAUAUCAGCAUAAAUGCUAUCAUCCAGAAAUCAAGUGGUUUCAAGAUAACGAGACUGUUACACUGAAGGUAAAAAUACCGAGUGCAGCUGACACUAAAUGCGAGUUCUCUAAAGACAAGGUGGUUUUCAGUGCUAGGUCAGGAGAAAAACUUUAUUUGGCUGACCUGGAGCUUCAAGAGUCUGUAUUUGCAGAGAAGUCCAUGUGUGUGAUUAAGGAUACAGAGGCUGUGAUUGUUCUGGCAAAAGAAAAACAAGGAGCAUGGUGCAAAUUGCUGAAGAAAAAGAAUAUUCACGUGUCUUUAGAUUUUGAACAUUGGGAGGAGCCUGAAGAGGAAAGCUCUCUUACAGUUGGUGCUGGAAAACUGACUUUCCCUGCUGCAGGAAGUGAGGAAUGGUUUGACUCCUCAGAACACAGUGAUACAGAAAGUGAUGAAUAG